AUGGCAAUGAAUCUUUCAUCAAAUGACCAACUCCUCAUGGGCAAUGAUGGAACACCUGAUAUUCAGCCAAACUCACAAUAUGAUCAAUCAAUAAACUUCAGCGACAGUGAUUCUUCAAGAGAAAAUCAAAACGAUCAAAACCAAUUACAAAUCAAUCCAGGAGAGUAUAGCCCACGACCAGGCAUGGAUCCAAUGGCUGGAGGUCGCCCUCAAGCACCAGGAGCAAAUGGCGGACUGCGUCAUUCUGGUGGAUCUGAUGAUCAAUUUGGCGGUGGCUUUGGCGGCUUCGCUAAUGGUUUCAACCAAGGUAAGUUUAAUGCUGGAGCUGAUGAUCUCGGAAUGAGUCCCGGAGCUAAUAAAAUUGGAAGCUUUGGAAAUAAUAAUUUCGGCGGAUUUGGCGGCGGCGGCGCCGGUGGUGGAUUUGAUUUUGGAAACGAUCCAGCUACCAGAUCGCCAGAACUCGUUGAGCUUUUCGGCCUUAUUUCCGAGUUCCAACCAACAAAGGCAGACUUACCACCACAUUUCAAGCCAUUCUUACCAGAGCUUAUUCCAGCCAUUGGUGCUAUUGAUGCUUUCAUCAAAGUUCCAAGGCCUGAUGAAGAUUUCGAGCCACUUGGCUUAACAGUCCUCGAUGAGCCAACAAUUGGAUGUUCUGACCCACAAAUUAUUCGUAUGCAGUUGAGAGAGAAAUACGGAAUUGUUUCAAACAAGGAAGGCGAUGGAUAUAUUGGAUAUAUCAAAGAUUUAGAAAACAAUCAGAAAGAGCUUGACACAUUCUUAGAUAACUACGAAGAAUUAAUUCGUGAUCGUCCACCUCCGACAAUCGUUUAUUCAUAUAAAAUGCCUGAUCUCAACGAACUUCUUGUAGAAUGGCCAGAAGCUCUUGAAAAGGCUUUACAAUCAAUUCCAUUACCAUCCGCAGACAUGGAUCUUACUAUUGAAGAAUAUGCUAAGAUCAUUUGCGCAUUUUUAGAUAUUCCUGUCAAAGGAAACAUUAUUGAAUCUCUUCACGUCCUCUUUACAUUGUUUAUGACAUUCGAAGAGAACCAGCACUUCCCAGAAAACGAUGCUCCGAAAACUCCUGGUGAAGAGAGGAUGCUUCUUUAA